AUGCGGCUCUUGGCGUUGGUUGUGGCGCUGCUGGCGGCCGGGCUGCCGCCGCCGCUGUGGCGUUUGGAAGACGUGGCGGAAUUGUCGGAGUUACUGCACCGCGCGGAAGGCCGCGAUCGAGCGGGGUUUCUGGACGUCCUGGCGCAGGCCGACCCCGACGCGGCCGAUGACCCCUCGCCUGCUCCUCCUGACGACGAAGAUGAGGAUGACGAGGACUCUACCACGGCCGCCUCCAGCAGCUCCGAAGACGCCUCCACCGGACGAGGAGGUCACGUACAGCGACCGCCGCGGAGACCGCCUGUGCUCAGGCGACCCGUGGUGGGACCCGUGGUACCCAUUCCCAGAGCAGCCGUGCCUGGCAUUUCCCCGCUACCCGGACUCCUGGAAGACGAGGCCGCGACUGACGAUGAGGACGACAUCAAGUGGUUCAACGCUCAGGCCUUCAUGAAAUGGCUAGUCAAGAGCCUCGCUGCUCUGUACGAAGGGCUGGUAAAGCUAAUGCUGCUACCGCUACACAUGGUCAUAAGCAUCAUAGACGUCUGA